AUGGCUGCCUCCGAAAGCGACCUUAUGACCUUCUACCAAAGGUUCCAAACCCUUAGUCUUUUUAACGACAGCAGCGCGAGGUUGAUAGAGGACCUCCUCCUUUACUCCAAAAACGUUGAGGAUGCUCUCCGCGAAGAAAACAGAGCUCUUCGGAGACAGCUCACGGAUUCUCAACUCGAUCUUGAUGAUGCCACUCGCUCCAGAAGAGAGCUCCAGCAGCAAGUGGCGAAUGCCGAGUCUCGCAAUAGGGACCUCGCUCAAGAUAAUCAUCACUUGAAGAACAACAAUCCUUUUGUGGUCGUCCUCAUAGACGGUGAUUGCUGUUUGUUUAAAGAAGCCUUAAUCAGACAAGGAGUUGAAGGCGGCAAAAAGGCGGCAUAUGCUUUACGAAGCGCUAUUCUUGAGCAAUGCGGCGAUUUUGCCGGCAACAUCGAAGUCAUUGCGAAAGUCUACGCCAACCUCGGUGGUUUGGCCAAAGCCAUGAGACGCAAUGGUUGCCUGGAGGCUGAAGAGACCCUCAAGGAGUUCACCAUUGGCUUUACUCAAGGAAAGGCAACCUUUGACUUUGUCGAUGUUGGCCACGGAAAGGAGCGCGCGGAUAACAAGAUUAAAGCAGAAACGGCGAAAUGGAAUUUGCGCAACUAUAACUGCAAGCAGCUUCUUCUCGGCAUCUCGCAUGACGCCGGCUAUGCUCCAUUCCUCGACGAGCUCUUCCAAGAUGAGACCAAGAAGCGUCGCGUUACCGUCGUCGAAGGUGUUCCGACUGUUCGCGAACUCGUCUCCACUGGCGUCAACAUUUUGAACUUCAACGACGAGAUCUUCCGAUCGGAGAAGUUGGUAGACAAGACAGCACUGCGCACCAACACUUCUCCCUUGACUGCCACGGCACCUGUCACCACCCCUACCGUCAGCAACGGCAAUAUCCCGACUCCCGCGAGCUCCACCACGUCUACGCCCGCGAACGCGACUGCUAGUUAUGCCGGAGCCAUUGGAAACGCGAGCCCUCCGCCCAAGAUAACGCUUCCCAUUCAGCCUAGACCUGUUAACGCGAAUGCUCGUGCCUCGGCCACUCCGAAGCAGCCGGCCUGGAACCCCGGUCCUCGUGGCUUGGACCCGCCUAUCAAGGUCUCACCAGCUGCUCUGGAAAGUAUCAAGAAAAGGAAGGACAACAACAAACUAUGCAAUAAUCAUUAUCUGAGGGGUCCUUGCUCAAAGGGCGACGCCUGCUGCUUCGAACACAAGUAUAAGCCUACCAAAGAUGAGAUUGACGCUAUUGCCUUCUUGGCCCGCUUGAACCCUUGCACCAGCGGCCAGGAUUGCGAUGUUGAAGACUGUAUUUAUGGACAUCAUUGCCCCAACGUCAAGGAUGGUGUCUGCACCCAUCCUUACUGCAAAUUUGAGGAUGCCGAUCACCCGCCCGGCACGAAAUACAGAAGCACAAAGACCUAUGACUACUUCUCUUAG